UGUGCAGAACGGUUAAGUUUUGUUGUUAACAAAACCUUGGAACUGCCUAAAACUUGUUGUUUCAGCAAUUAAGCACGUCUGGACUGAAAAGGUGAGAGAAGAGUGGGUCAAUUUAACUUCAGUUUUGCAUGUUACUUUGAUGAAACAGUUUAUGAUUUUAUGAUGACAACAAAGCAAAAGUUAAGAGUGGACGGACUGCUAGUUCCACCAUUUUCGUCAUUUCAAACCCUAACUGACGCCCGAAAACGAAUUGCAGAUAUUGUAAAUUUACCUACAAGGAAAGAUGACGUUUUUGUUAUUGGCUAUCCAAAAUCAGGAAGCCAUUGGCUGAAUGAAAUCGUGCCCCGCCUUCAGAAUUCAUGUCUGGACACCCCUCACAAAUUGAUAGACACCUUCCUAGAGUAUAUGCCAGAUCUACAGGAAUUGGAGAAUCUUCCUUCGCCUCGAAUAAUGACUUCCAGUGUCCCAGUUAAAUAUCUUCCAAAGGAAAACAAUGGGAAAAUUAUCCACUGCAUUCGUAACCCGAAGGACAUUGCAGUGUCUGCUUUUUAUCAUUUCACAACCGAACAAAUAAGCAAGGACUACUGGCUUCCAGAAUGGCCAACUUUCUUAGACGAUUUCUUACGUGGGGAGAUUUAUUACGGAAGUUGGUUUGAACGAGAGAAAGAGUGGGAAGAGGCAGCACGACAAAAUCCAGAAAAGAUUUUGAUUGUUUAUUAUGAAGAUGUUAGGAAAAAUGGUACGGAGACGUUGCGACGAAUAUCCAAUUUUCUUGGAACCUCGUCCGAUCCUACAUUUCUUCAGGCUGUAUAUGAAUGUACCUUUGAGAAAGUAAAAGAAAGAGAAAGGGAUUCAAAGUGGAGCUUUAUCUACAGAAAAGAAGAGGUUGGUGAUUGGAAAUCGGUGUUUACUGAGGAACAGAAUAAGAAGUUUGAUCAGGUCUUCAAUGAAGAAAUGAAGGAUUCAAAAUUAAAAAUUCAAUGGGAGUAAAUGGUUUUGAACAAUGUUCAAAGACUUUUGUGCAUUCAUUGAAUUUGCUUCGUAUUUUAAACUUAUAAAGGAUUCUUUUUUAUUCCUUAAUAACCAGUAUGAACAAAAUAUUGUUUUAUUUGAACUAUUGAAAGCAAAAAUAUGAGUUGCGUGUGACUUUUUUACAACACAUGAACUGAAUAAAAUGGAGAAAAAAAUGAAUAAAAGGAAAUAUUGUUAAAUAAAUUCAAGGUUAUCAUAUAAUUUAGGAAUGACUCUAAUUCUUGGCCAAAUUAUUCAAGUAUAAUCUGGUUUGGGUCAGUUUACGCUUUAUAAUCCGCGAAGCGGAUUAUAAAACAGCGUAAACUGACCCAAACCAGAUUAUACUUGAAUAAUUUGGCCAAGAAUUAGAGUCAUUCCUUGUAAUUUAAUUUUAAAAUCAUUAAAUAACUAUGGGUGUAAAA